UAGUAAAUAAAUACGCGCAUGGUUUUGGUGCUGCACUGGGUAACCGAUAUCUUCUAAAAUGGUGGCCAAAAAACACCUUGCUACAAAACGAAAAGCGUCCACUGUGCCGGAUUCGAAGCCAAAUACGAGCAGCAUUAAAAAUUCAAGCCAGAAAACGCCAAGCUCAGCAAUUCAGAGCAUUGUUACCGAUUAUUAUGAGUCCGAUGAAGAUUUACUUACAAGUAUCAAUAACGAAAACGAUGAAGACAGUUCAGAUUCCGAAGAAGAGAAGGCUUCAUCCGAUGAGGAUAACGACGAAGUCGACAGUAUCGAUUCUGACUUCGAAGAUGAGUUAGUUAAAGAUGAAAACGAUGAAGUUGAUUCAGCUGACGACGUAAAUAGUGAUAGUUCCCCCGAGCCAGAAGAGGAAGAAAGUGAUGAUGAAUUAGAGUUCGAAGAGGACGUCGAAGAGCCAGAAAAACCCAAAGCAUUGAAGCUUCUAUCAAAGCCAAGAAACGAAACAAAUUCAAAUGGCCACAAGCAAGAAUAUGAAAGCGGUGAAGAUAAUGACGAGGAAACGUUAAAAUUAUUGGAAGCAGUUAAUAAGGAAGAUGAGGCGCUAGUUGACAUUGAUACUGCUCUAAUAGCUAAAUCAACUAAAACGAAAGGUGUUGGUAUUUUCCCAGGAGAAGCCAAAUCUCGCUUCAGGAGUGACAAAAACCAAGAUGAAUAUGCUGCUGGGGACACUUCGGACGAGGAAGACAUUCGGAACACGGUUGGCAAUAUUCCAAUGCACUGGUAUGACGAAUAUAAACAUGUUGGUUACGAUUGGGAUGGAAAUAAACUGAUCAAACCGGCUAAAACGGAUGCAAUCGAUGAUUUCCUCAGAAAAAUGGAAGAUCCAAACUUUUGGCGAACGGUCAAGGAUCCACAAACUGGUCAGAAUGUUGUGCUCAGCAAUGAAGACAUUGGACUCAUUAAGCGCAUUAUGGCGGGACGAAACCCCGACGAACAAUACGACGAUUAUGAGCCUUGGAUUGAGUGGUUCUCAUCCGAAGUAGAAAAAAUGCCUAUUCGAAAUAUUCCGGAUCAUAAACGAUCUUUUCUACCAAGCAAGUCAGAGAAACAUAAAAUUGGUCGCCUGGUGCAUGCACUAAAGAUGGGUUGGACCAAAACUCGUGCGGAAAUUGAGAAACAAGCGGAAUUGAACAAAGGUCCCAAGUUUUACAUGGCUUGGGACACUGAUCAUGGCAAGGAAGAAAUGCGUCGCAUUCAUGACCAUGUGGUGGCUCCCAAGAGACCGCUGCCGGGUCAUGCUGAAUCCUAUAAUCCUCCACCGGAGUAUCUGUUCAACGAACGUGAGCUAGCAGAAUGGAACAGUCAUGAGGAAGAGCCGUGGAAGAGGAAAUUACAUUACAUCCCACAGAAGUACAAUUCCCUUCGAGAAGUGCCCUACUACGACAAGUACAUUCGAGAGCGGUUCCUGCGGUGUUUGGAUCUUUAUUUGUGUCCGCGUGGCAAACGAACCAGAGUGACUGUUGGCCCUGAAUAUCUGAUUCCAAAACUUCCGUCGCCAAGAGACUUACAGCCUUUCCCGACAUUGCAAAAUUUAAUUUAUAAGGGACACACCAAUAUGAUACGGUCGAUUAGCGUUGAGCCGAAAGGAGAAUAUCUGGUUACGGGUUCUGACGAUCAAACGAUUAAAAUAUGGGAAAUUUCGACAGCACGUUGCAUCAAAACUAUUGAAACGGGAGACAUCGUCCGCUCGGUUGCUUGGUGUCCAAACAGUAAAAUAUCGCUUGUGGCAGUAGCUUCCGGAAAGCGGUUGCUGCUGGUCAAUCCGGGUGUUGGCGAUAGUUUGAUAAGCCGUAAAACGGAUGAUUUGUUAGCAGAAGCGCCCAAGUCCGAGGUUGUUGAUAACGAACGUAUCGCCACGGCCGUGCAAUGGGUAGAACUAACGGAAGAUGAACGAAAAGCCGGUGUUCGCAUCGUGAUCAAUCAUUUCAAGGACAUCAAGCAGGUAACGUGGCACGGUAGAGGUGAUUACUUCGCCGCUGUGAUGCCAGAGGCUGCUAAUCGGUCCGUGCUGAUUCAUCAGUUAUCCAAGCGACGGUCACAAGUGCCAUUUUCAAAGAGCAAAGGUUUAAUUCAGUGUGUGUUGUUCCAUCCGGUCAGACCCUGUCUGUUUGUUGCGACUCAGCGCCAUGUUCGCGUGUAUGAUCUGGUCAAACAGGAGCUACUGAAGAAGUUGUUCCCUAACUGCAAGUGGAUUUCUAGUAUGGCUAUCCAUCCGAAAGGGGAUAACUUAUUGGUUGCAACGUACGAAAAGAAAAUGAUGUGGUUCGACUUGGAUCUCUCGACUCGACCGUAUCAGCAGCUGAAGCUGCACUAUUCUGCUAUAAGAAAUGUUGCGUUUCACUUGCGCUAUCCGUUGUUCGCCUCGGCCAGUGACGAUCGUAGCGUUAUUGUAUCACAUGGAAUGGUAUACAAUGACCUGCUGCAGAAUGCACUAAUUGUUCCCCUGAGACGAUUGGAGCAUCACGAAAAAGUGAAUGAUUUUGGCGCAUUCGAUGUGGUAUUUCAUCCGACUCAGCCGUGGUUGUUUUCCUCCGGUGCUGACAAUACCGUUCGAUUAUACACGUAAGAGUCGCGAGUCGUUUGUUUCUGGUACAGCUAGGGUACGAGUGCUCUAUUUUUGGAUAUAAUGGAAAUGUUCUAGGAAUAAAUGAAAAUUUAUUA